AUGAUGCUGAGUCCAGACCAAGCCGCCGACUCGGACCACCCCAGUUCGGCGCCCUCGGACCCGGAGUCGCUGGGUGGCGCGGACGCCAAGGUGCUGGGCAGCGUGUCGGACCUGGAGCCGGUGGAGGAGGCCGAAGGCGACGGCAAGGGCGGCAGCCGGGCCGCGCUCUACCCGCACCCGCAGCAGCUGAGCCGCGAGGAGAAGCGCCGCCGCCGGCGAGCCACGGCCAAGUACCGCUCGGCCCACGCCACCCGCGAGCGCAUCCGCGUGGAGGCCUUCAACCUGGCCUUCGCCGAGCUCCGCAAACUGCUGCCCACGCUGCCCCCGGACAAGAAGCUGUCCAAGAUCGAGAUCCUGCGCCUGGCCAUCUGCUACAUCUCCUAUCUCAACCACGUCCUGGAUGUGUAG